AUGAGUGGUUUUUUAAAGAAGAAAAGGAGCAGAAAGAUAACUCCGAAAGUACAAGCUAAAGAAGGUUCGUCGUCACAACCAAAGAAGAAACGUCAAAAGAAAGUUGUUGAGACAUUGCUGGUCGAUGAACCAGAGGAUGAUGAACCAGAAGCUGAUGUUGAAAAGGAUCAGAAUCCAGUAUCUCCUACAAUGGAACAAAUAUUGAAAGAUAUUGAUUAUGGUUCGGAAGCUGAAAAAGCAGCUGGUGAGAAUGAAGGUGACAAUGAAGAGAAAAGUUCAUCAAGCUCAUCUGAAUCAGAGAUUGAUGAAACUGAACGUUUGAAAAGAAUUAAGGCUGAUAUAGAAAAAGAAAAACAGUUAAAGAGAAAAAGGAGAAAGGAAAAAGAUGAUGAUUUGUAUAUUCCAUCUCCGGAACAUGUUCAAGAGGUUCAAACACCACCGUCUGAGGGUAGAAAGAAGUCAAAUGCAAGGAAACGUGUUGUAUCUCCCAAAGUACGAAAGUUGACAAUCAAGCUGAAUCCUAAACAUGCAUCAAAACCAAAACAACCUACACCACCAGAACAUCAACCAUCACCACCAUAUCAAUCACCACCACACGAAUCACCACCAAAACAAACUUCACCACCACAUCAUCAACAACAACUAUCACCACCUCAUUCUUUAUCACAAAUUCAUAUCUCUACACCUACACAUGAACAACCUGUUAUCACCUCACAACAUAUUAUACAAACACCUCCAACCAUACAAUCACAAGUACAAACCACUCCUAGUUCUUCUGGUUUCAAGAAUUUUCCACGUGUUCCGGAGAAUAUUGGUCUUGAAGAUAUUGGAGAUUUUAGUUUUGUGAAUGAUGAGCUUGUGAAGAAGCUAGUUGAAGCCGAUCAAUCUGAUAUUGAUAUUAUGAAAGUUCAAAUUCCAGAGUUGGAAGAAGAAAAGGCUCGCAGAGAUGAGCAGAAUGAAUAUUUCAUGCUAAAGAACAAAGAGCUAAAAGCCAUUAAUGCAAAGAAAGAACAUGAAGUGAAUAUGAUGAACAAAGUGUUAGAGAAUUUGCUUAGAAAGCCUGUGGAUCAAAGAUUUGAAGAGAUCCAGCUUGAGGAAGUUAGAGCUCGACGUCAGGCUGAGAUCGAAGCUGAAAUGAAAGAUAAAGGCAAAGGUGUUGAAGGUAUUUCUGAAGUUACUGAGAGGGCAAUCAUUCCAUCAAUUGUACCUGAAUCACCUAUUCAAAAUCCUCGUCCUAUCUCUGCGGUUUCUGAAGAAGAUGAUGAUGAAGUUAAGAAAGAUGAUGCAGACGAUGUGUUUUCUGCAAGUAGUCAUGAUGAUGAUGAUGAUGAUGGGAAUGACGAAGAUCAAGGUACUUCAGGUAUCAAGGUUACUGAAGAAUCGAAUGAAGAGAAUGUUGAUGAUUAUCUUCAUGACGAUGCUAAUGAAGAACCAGCGAAUGCUGAGGGUGAGGGGGAGCAUGUUGAUGAUAAGGGUGUUGAUGAAAGUGAAAAAUUAAUUCUACGUCUUGAACCUGAUAGCCUUGAAAAUGGCUUAACGGAGGACAAAAGGGGUUGA